GCCGCGACAGAGUCUCUGAGGGAGUGCUGUCGUUGCGUGGAACAGCGUGCACUACCUGACACAACAGGGGCGCAGCGUUCGCCGUUCUGCUGUUCGUCGGUGGAAGUCCGUCAUUCUGCCGGACCAUCAAGACCAGUCUUCCACUACUAGAAGGAACCCGUCAGCGACAAACGAGUGUCCAGAGGAUCCAAAGGCACAUAAAUCAAACCUAAGGAUGUCGAAGGCUCUAAGCACAAGUGCCAAGAGGAUCCAAAAGGAGCUUGCGGAAAUAACAUUGGACCCACCGCCUAAUUGCAGUGCGGGACCGAAGGGAGAUAACCUCUAUGAAUGGGUAUCAACCAUUCUUGGCCCCCCAGGAUCAGUGUAUGAAGGUGGAGUUUUCUUCUUGGACAUACAUUUCAGCCCAGAGUAUCCUUUCAAACCACCAAAGGUUACAUUUCGCACCCGCAUCUAUCACUGCAACAUCAAUAGCCAAGGAGUUAUAUGUCUAGAUAUCCUCAAGGAUAACUGGAGCCCAGCCCUCACCAUUUCCAAAGUUUUACUUUCAAUAUGCUCUCUACUCACAGAUUGCAACCCAGCGGACCCGCUUGUGGGAAGCAUCGCCACACAGUUCAUGCAGCAAAGGGAGGAACAUGACCGCAUUGCCCGACUGUGGACGAAGCGCUAUGCUACAUAAGCUUAGAUAGCCAAGUAGUGGUUGCAACGACAUUAAUUAUUGCAGUGUACACGCUCCUCCUUCCUUCCAGUUUCCACCACCAAAGUUUUUUUCGUCCUCUCAUCCCUCUGCGGGGAUCCACAUCAGGCUUGUUGUGAUGCCAGUGGUGUGUGCAUGAGUCAGCCUCUGCUAUGUCUUUAUCAUUCACCUUUUCUUUUAUAUAUAUAUUAUAUAUAAAUAAGUAUACAUAAUGCCUGGUGCAUCGUGCAUCUAUUCUAGGGCGAAAAGAAAGUGAGAUUCCUUUUGCACAAGCAACUCCGUUUGAGCAUGUGUAUAUAGAGUUUAUUUUUCGACGUUAUACCCAUUUUGUAACUUAAUCAUAUGUUGGCCCCUUGUUUUUUGGCUUAAUCAUGAUUUGUAAAUUGCAAUAUUGUGAGGAAUUGUGAAAUAGUGGCUGCUUUGAUAUUGUGAAGCAAUUGCCAAAAAAAGCAGGAAAUCGUGCUGGAGAGAGCUUCCUUUAACUAUGCUUGCCCCCCCCCCUUCUACAACCCAUGUCCCUUUUUGUAUCUACUUACGUUAGAGAUUGUUUAUAGCAGUGGCACUUCCCUUUUACUGGCUUACCAAAAUGGUAAUGGCCUAGUAGAGAUUGUGUCCCUCGAAUACAAGUACAGAAAGCUAGCCAUUUGGCAUAAGCUAUGUGCGGUUCUUAUGGCCAUCUAUUGAAUUUUGUGCCUGUAAUCAAGAACACCAUGAACCUUACAAUCCCGUGGCCAGUGUGCGUGCUGUUUGCACAGAAUGAAUUGUGUGUGGCACUUCCAUUCUACCCCUGUAUACAUGCGCAUGGUGUCUAUUGACACGAGAGAGUGUUUUUACUGCUAAGACCGAUGAUUGCAUGCUGAACGAGGUUUCAUUCCAGUUGUAGGCACUGAAGAAUGAAAUGGCAUAAGGAGUAAACCAGUUUUAGUGGAAUAAAACGAAGUGCAACAGCCUCUUCUGUUGCUUGGAUAUGUGUCUGUGGUCAGUGUUGAGCUUUCUUUUCUGGUGGCUGUUGUCUCGGGGGGUGGGGGAGUUUGCUGUUCACAAGCUUUCACAUAGGGAACAUUGAAUGGUAGCUCACAUCAAGUGAGCUUUGUGUGGCAGCAAAAAAAAAAAAAGCAUUUUAGGCCAUUUUCAUGAAUUUUUUUCCCCAUGUAAUUGUGUAGCUACAGAUGUGUCAGUUCUGUUUGCUUGUUACAUAGUGAUUGUGGUGUUGUGUAAUUUAAAUCUUCUAUACAAAGUACAUAAACAAUAAAAAAGCGAAAAUUGA